CUCUGUUUCAAAAUCCGCAAAUCUCGAUAAAAAAAAAAGUAACUGUAGAAAUCUUGCUAGUCGUUUUAUUCCUUUGUUUUCCUUCAGAUCAUGUCGACAAUCAAAUACCCCCGAAGUGAAGCUUUAGUGGAAACGGACACACUGACUCCGCAACCACAUUUGACCAGCAGUCUACAAAAAAAAGAUAUCGCUUACAAGGAGAACGACAAUGAUCCAGACUAUCUCCGUCUUAUCUUGACAGCCCGCGUGUACGAUAUCAUUAACGAAACCCCACUUCAAGAAGCCGUCAACCUCAAUGCCAAGAUUGGUGCUCAGAUCUUCUUGAAACGUGAAGAUCUUCAGCCCGUGUUCUCAUUCAAGAUCCGAGGGGCAUACAACAAAAUGGCCAACUUGACCGAAGCCGAAAAGAAAGCAGGUGUCAUUGCAUGUUCAGCAGGCAACCAUGCUCAGGGUGUCGCCUAUUCUGCCAAAAAGCUGGGCAUCAAAGCGAAAAUUGUGAUGCCGAUCCCGUCUCCAGCCAUCAAGUGGCGAAAUGUUCAGCGCUUGGGUGCGGAAGUGGUGUUGUUUGGCAACGAUUUUGAUGAAGCCAAGAAGGAGUGUGCUCGACUGAUGGAAAAGGAAGGGUUGACCAAUAUCCCACCUUAUGAUGAUCCGUACGUGAUUGCUGGCCAGGGUACGAUUGGUAUGGAGCUUUUGCGACAGCAUGAUCUCAACAACAUUGCCACCAUCUUUAUCUGCAUUGGCGGCGGUGGUUUGAUCGCGGGUAUUGGUAGUUACGUCAAGCGUAUUGCCCCUCACAUUCGUAUCAUUGGUGUGGAAGCUGAGGACGCCUGCGCCAUGCAUCAAAGUUUGCAAAGCAAAGAACGCGUUGAAUUAAAGGAAGUCGGCCUUUUCGCGGAUGGUGCAGCCGUACGACUGGUCGGUGAAGAAACCUUUCGCCUCGCAAAGGACCUCAUCGACGAUAUGAUCCUCGUCAAUAAUGAUGAAAUCUGUGCGGCUAUCAAAGACGUCUUUGAAGAUACAAGAUCCAUCUGCGAGCCUACGGGUGCUUUGGCGUUGGCGGGGGCUAAAAAGUGGUUAAAGCUACAUCCUGAAGACAAGAGCAAAGGAGCACAUAUCACGAUUGUGUCGGGAGCAAAUGUAAACUUUGAUCGACUUCGAUUUAUCAGUAACCGAGCGGAAUUGGGUGAAAAUUCGGAAGCGUUCUGCAACGUGACGAUUCCUGAGAAGCCCGGCAGUUUCAUGACCAUGAUUCAACAAGUGCAACCUCGAGCGGUGACGGAAUUCUCUUACCGUUACGCAGAUCCUGUCAAAGCACACAUCUACAUCAGUUUUAAAGUCAAGGACCUGGCCUCGGAGGUGCAAGAAGUGAUUGCAGGAUGGAAAGCCAACGGCAUGGAAGCAUGGGAUGUCAGUCACAACGAGCUGGCAAAAACACACGCAAGAUACAUGGUCGGAGGAAACACCAAACCACCCCAUGAACGAGUCUUCCGAUUCAUAUUCCCUGAACGGCCCGGUGCCUUGAUGAAGUUUUUGGAAGGAUUAGAAUCAAAGUGGAAUGUCUCGCUCUUCCAUUAUCGAAAUCACGGUGACGAUAUGGGCAAGGUAUUCUUGGGUGUCCAGGUACCGCCGAGGGAUAAUGAGGCGUUUAGCCAAUUUUUGGAUCGUCUUGGAUAUCACUACAUAGAAGAAACAGACAAUGUGGCAUACAAGACCUUUUUAUGCAACGAAUCAUAGACCCCAUUUUUUUAAAUGUAAUAAAAUAAAAGCUCACAUGCAAAACAUCCAGAAACAAA